GGGGGUGGUUCCCAUUCUACCGCGGAGCCGGAUGUUUGCCUGUCUUUGACAGGCGUGGCAGAGGGAGCGGUGCCCCACCACGGGUUCUCUUCAGGUUCUGCAGCGUGAAGCUGUGGGGCAGAGGCUUGGCCAUGGACCCACUCUCAGAGCUGCAGGACGACCUGACUUUGGAUGACACCAGCCAGGCUCUGAACCAGCUGAAGCUAGCCUCCAUUGAUGAGAAGAACUGGCCCUCAGACGAAAUGCCCGACUUUCCCAAGUCAGAUGACUCCAAAAGCAGCUCCCCGGAACCUGUCACACACCUGAAGUGGGAUGACCCUUACUACGACAUUGCCCGGCACCAGAUUGUGGAGGUGGCAGGAGAUGACAAGUAUGGGCGGAAGGUGAUUGUGUUCAGUGCCUGCCGGAUGCCCCCGAGCCACCAGCUGGACCACAGCAAGCUCCUGGGAUACCUGAAGCACACCCUGGACCAGUAUGUGGAGAGCGACUACACGCUGCUCUACCUGCACCACGGCCUGACCAGCGACAACAAGCCCUCCCUCAGCUGGCUCCGGGACGCCUACCGGGAGUUUGACCGCAAGUACAAGAAGAAUAUCAAGGCUCUGUACAUCGUGCACCCCACCAUGUUCAUCAAGACCCUGCUCAUCCUCUUCAAGCCCAUCAUUAGCUUCAAGUUUGGGCAGAAGAUCUUCUAUGUGAAUUACCUGAGUGAGCUGAGCGAGCACGUGAAGCUGGAGCAACUGGGGAUCCCUCGCCAAGUGCUCAAGUAUGAUGACUUCCUCAAAUCCACCCAGAAGAGCCCUGCGACAGCCCCCAAGCCCAUGCCACCACGGCCCCCUCUGCCCAACCAGCAGUUCGGGGUCUCAUUGCAGCACCUCCGGGAGAAGAACCCAGAGCAGGAGCCCAUUCCGCUUGUGCUGCGGGAGACCAUUGCCUACCUACAGGCCCACGCUCUCACCACUGAGGGGAUCUUCCGGAGGUCGGCCAACACCCAAGUUGUACGGGAAGUGCAACAGAAGUACAACAUGGGGCUGCCUGUGGACUUCGACCAGUACAAUGAGUUGCACCUGCCAGCGGUCAUUCUCAAGACCUUCCUCCGGGAGCUUCCUGAGCCCCUGCUCACCUUUGACCUCUACUCCCACGUUGUGGGCUUCCUCAACAUUGAUGAGAGCCAGAGAGUGGAGGCGACGCUGCAGGCCUUCCAGAUGCUGCCCGAGGAGAACUACCUGGUGCUGCGUUUCCUCACUGCCUUCCUGGUGCAGAUUUCUGCCCUCUGUGACCAGAACAAGAUGACCAACACUAACCUGGCAGUUGUCUUCGGCCCUAACCUGCUGUGGGCCAAGGAUGCUGCCAUCACCCUCAAGGCCAUUAAUCCCAUCAAUACCUUCACCAAGUUCCUCCUGGAUCAUCAAGGGGAGCUGUUUCAGCCCUGACUCCAAGGGGCUCUGAGCCCAGCCCCUGCCCCACCCGCCCCCUUCUCUGAUAGCCCCGGUUUGGACUCUUCCUCUUGGCUUCAGCCUUACGGGAUCCCAGGGCUUCUGCCCAGAAAGGGGCUGUGAGCCCCCUGGAGACAGAAGCUGGAGCCAGCCAACUGGACAGCUCCUCCUCCCCUUCUGUCCAGCCCACCUCACCGGCCCUGGAGGCCUCGCUGUAACCACAAGACGUUUUUCGCCUUAUACUUCUCACUGCCUCUUUGGAUCCCUGGCUCCUGCCGGGCUCUGCAGAGCUGGCCUUGGCUCUCCAGGCAGGAGGACUGGCCCCAGCAACCGUUUGCUUACCUGCUUUCUCCUGCCUCUUCCCCUGGCAACUGGAGAUGCCAAAAUCACUGCCGGCUGGGCUGGUAGCUGGGGCUGGUCCUCCCCUUCCCAACUGCUGGGGAAUGAAAGGCUGAGCUGGCCUGGGCUGGCCCUGCUGAGACUCCUCCCUGUCUGGGUGAAGGCCUGGUUGCAAGCACCCUGUUCCUGUCCUCCCCUCUGGUGGCUCAGCCUCUGGUACUUCCACAGUUAACGAAUGACAGCCUGGAGUCCUAUGUCUGCCUUCUCUUCCACACAUCCUGGGUCAGCCUUUCCCAAGUGGUACCGCCCCCAGGGUGUCUUAGCCCCCUGGUUCUGCCAGGACUGGCAGCUUGGAUGACAGGGCUGAGUCCCAGCAUCCAUUCAAAAUAGACACCCCACUCUCACCCCUGAGAGCCUCCUAGUGUCUGGUCAGACCACUGACAAGCAGUCCCCACCCACUCCACCCCCCAUGCCUUGCCUCCCCUCCCUUCCUACUUGGACAGAUCCUUAGCCACGUCUGUUGUGGAGUCACGCUGGUCCCUGCUCUGGCCAGGGGUGACUCAGUGCCUCAGGAUCUGGGGUGGCUCCUUCCUCCAGUUUUGGACUCCUGGAGGGGCUGGGUAGAUACUUUGCUAAUUAGAUUGGCCCCUGCCAGGUAAAUUCUAGCAACCUCCCCCUGGACCCUGAUGAUGAUGGAUAUCCCUCUUUCCAGCUGUCCCUUCCUGGUGAACCACCUUCCUGCAGCCUUGGCCAGAGCCUGUACUGUGGCGGUCCUCACUGACCAGUCCUGCCCCAUCUGCAAGCCGGGUGUGGCCUGGGCCUGACCUCACUGGGCUCUUUUCCCAGGACACUAGCAUGUCAGGAGUCCCAAGGCCUGGUGUGGCUGCUGUCAGUCCCUGUGUCCCCAGGCCAGGCCCAGGCUUCUGCUUUCUGCCUUCCUUCCUUUGUAUCAGGUGUUGCUCAGAGCCCCAUUUACUGGGGAGCCUCAUGGAUCUAUUUGGUCUCUCCCCUGUCCACCCACCACUGGUCUUUACCUGGGGGUGGGGGGACUUGUACUGUGAAUCAAGUGUUCACAUUCACAGUGACUUCCUUGGCACCAAUCAUGUAUUUCACCUUUGCACUUUUUAUAUUUCAAUAAAAAUGGAGAUGGAAAACUGCCCACCUGGCUGAUAAGGAAGUGGGCAUGGAGGCUCAUAACUGGGUGGGAGGUGUGGUAUGGCUGCAGAAGAAGAGCAGAUGAUAGGGCUUCAGGAAGUGUCCCCCCAAGUCAAUCUGUCCCCUUCCUCAUCCUGCUCACUUAUGAGUCGGUAUCAAGCCAGCUUUCUGACCAUAUUCCAGGCUUAGAAGUGUGAACAGUCACCUUCCUUUUUGCACCUAUAGCAUUCCAACUGGCCGCCAAGUGCUAUAUCCUAAAACCAGGACCUCUCUCGCCCAAACAGAGCAGACUGUGGUGGACCACAGCACAAGCUUUAGAGUGAGACCAGGGUUUGAAUCCUAGUUCCAUCACUCACAACCAGCUCUAACUGGUAAUUGUCAUGUAACUGGUCCCACGUCCGAGACUCUUGCUUCAUUUCUCUGAAGAUCAGACACACAGUCGUCCCUAUGUGUGGGGGACUGGUUCCAGCCACCCGACCCCGUGACACCAAAAUCCAAGGAUGCUCAAGUCCCUUCUAUCAAGUGGUGUAGUAUCUGCAAUAUAACCUACACACAUCCUCUCUUUCUAGCUUACUUAUAAUACCUAAUACAAUGUAAAUGCCAUGUAAAUAGUUGCCAGCAUGCAGCAAAUUCAAGUUUUGCAUUUUGGAACUUCCUGGAAUUUUUUUUUCCAAAUAUUUUUCUAUCCAAGGUUAGGGGAACUCUCGGGUGUGGAACCCACAGAUGCGAGGGCCGACCGUAACGUAUACACUACAUAACAGAAUGAAUGCCCAGUGGGAACCAGAAUGAUGGUCACUUCACAGAGGAAUGAAGUGAUAGUCCCAACCUUGUACAGCGGCCAGGGUUGGAACCCUCAUCUCCCAGCCAAUCCCGUCCUCCCCACCCGCCCCUCAGCCUGAGAGCCUUGGCUGUUUCCACCUGCCACCUAGUCACGUGGAGGCUGUGAAAGAUCCAGCUCUCCUCUUUCGAGCAGUUUUGCUUUGCUUUAAAGGUUAAGAUGGUAAAAUUUAUGUUACAUGUAUUUUACUACAAUUGAAAAACUAAAAUGGUUUGUCACAGGGAGGGCAGGCCAGAAUUCCACUUGGCACACUGGUCAAGUUCCAGCUAUCUGCUGCUUGCCUGCAGACUGCAAUCAGGAGGCUAUGAUGGCCUCAGUCAGGCCUGUUCUUUUUUUCUCCUCAUUGCUUGUUUGGGCUGGGGAAGCCGGGCCAAAGCUGCAGGAUCAAGACAAUGGUUAUAAACACAGGCACCGAGCUCCAGGAAGCCAGUCCGCCUGCACAACUGUGACCUUCGUCCAGGUAGCUCAAACAGAAGGCGCUGGCGGCCUGUCUCCCUGGCUCUGCUCAGCUCUAAGCUGGGUGACUAUUUAGAACAGAAGGGCAGUGACCCAAGGAAAUGACAAGACAGGGGAGCAGGAGACGGAGAGCUGUUUACUUGGGUUGGGCUCCUGGCAGGGCCUCUGCCAGUGACUCAAGAGCCAGUUUACCCCUGCCUUGGCAACAGUGGGUCUCUGGGGGCAGAGUGUAGUGACAUGGCUUAAAGGGGUAGGACACCAUCAGACAAGGGGCAAUUGAACACUUUGCUUUUGGGGGACCCCUAACUGAAGGUGAGGACUCCAAGGACUGUCUUUCCACCAUUUCUGACCCAGGAGUUGGAUGCGUGGUCAGGUAUCAUGGUCAGCGUCACAUGCAGUUCACUAACAAGCAAGGGCUCCCAGGGCCCAAAGCGGCAGCAGUGGGCGGGCCCAUUCUUUUCAGCCCCAGGUUUGAGAUGAAUUUAGAAUUUUCUAACUAGUCCUCUUCUGCCCUGGGGCCUGGCUUCUGGCCUGAAGGGCGUGGGAGGCAACCAAGACAGCACUUGCCCAGGUUUGUCCAGCCUCCAGCCUCUAGAACCACCUCUUCCUCUGGGACACCAGCUCUACCUUCCACUCCCUCCCGCCACUGCAGGCGAAAUAGGAGGAAGGAGCUGGCUUUGCCAGGGCUGACACCUGCCAUGGAAGCCCCCAGGGGGCCAGGUAGGAAUAAUCCCCACAGGGCUCUUCUACUUUUCCAGUGCCCUGGCUCCAGCUGUUUGUCAGAUCAGGGCAGCUAAACAAACAUGCAUGGGACCUGGACUUCUGCUUACUUCACUCAGUCCCUUCCCUUCUGUCUGGUUUGCUCAGCCACAACCCCUCACACCAGAUCAGCAAAUAUCCCAGCAGUCUGGAGAGUCCCCCGCCCACUGCUUGGCCUCUGCUGGAAACAUGGCAGGGACCUGUCAGUUGUCUUUCCCUCUGAGCCAAAGGCUGUUGCCCAGGGUGAGUGGUGAGCUGUGCUGGGUAGGAAGGAUAGAGAGCUGAAGAUAACGGCCUACCCGUUCUGAGGAUUUUACUAUGGGCGUACCUCACGUGCACAUCUACUUCAUACACGUUAUCUCACUGAAUACUCUCACACAACCCUUGAAAUGGAAACAUUACAGCCAAGGAAAAUGAGGCUCUAAGAGGUUUCCUGGGACUUCCCUGGUGGUCCAGUGGUUAAGACUCCAUGCUCCCAAUGCAGGGGGCCUGGGUUUGAUCCCUGGUCAGUGAACUAAGAUCCCACGUGCUGCACAGUGCGUCCAGGAAAAAAAAAAAAAAAAAAUUCCCAACCAGUCCAAGGCCCCAGGACUCCAAACAGCCUGAAUGGCUCUGAAACCUUGCUGUGCCUCACAUGGCACCGCUCUUCCCUCCACGGAGCCUGUCAGUGACCCGGGGCUGCCCAGAAGUGGGAGGAAGUGGGCUAGAUUUUUCGACAGCUUGCAGGACAGGAGGCUAUAAAGUACAGAAAAAGUUUAUUGGAAAUCUCUUGAAUACAUUUUAAAGUAUAGCUCAAUAUUUCCAAAUAAAGUAGGCUGGAGGAGCGGGAGGGGCUCUCCCACCUGGAGACACGACUGGUCCCAGCCCUGUCCCGGGGGUGCUGUGCAGGUCCGUCUAGGGCUCAUACCUUUCACUGUACAGGGCUGAGGGACAAGGGCCGGCCUUGACAGUUGCUCUGCUCCUCCCAGGCUCAGCUCAAAGUCAGGGCUCAGCCUCCCUGGCCUCUCACUGAUGGGGUCCUGAAGAAAGGCUGCUGCCUGCAGAGGCCAACAAUUAGGAGUCAAAGAGGCAAAUGGCUAACAGGCCUUUCCAUGCUUGGCCUUGGAAGAGGGCAGCAGCUGAGAUACUGGGAUGAGGUGGGGGAGUGGGGGGCAAUCAGUAACUUACCAGGGCCUUUGCCCGUCUCAGUGCUGGGACCUGGGGGGUAAGCCUGGAUUGGUUUAGCAGGCCACAGGUGUGCUCUGGCCCAGUGACAGGAUGGCCAGCUGGACGCCACUACUGGAAACACUUUUUAAAAAAUUUUUUUAAAUUUUUGGCUGUGUUGGGUCUUCAUCGUUGUGCGCAGGCUUUCUCUAGUUGCGGUGCGCAGGCUUCUCAUUGCAGUGGCUUCUCUUGUUGCAGAGCGUGGGCCCUAGGCACACGGGCUUAAGUAGUUGUGGCUCGCAGGCCCUUGAGCACAGGCUCAGUAGUUGUGGCGCACGGGCUUAGCUGCUCUGCAGCAUGUGGGAUCUUCCCGGACCAGGGCUCGAACCCGUGUCCCCUGCAUCGGCAGGUGGAUUCUUAACCACUGCGCCACCAGGGAAGCCCUGGAAACACAUUUUUAGGCAGGAGAAUGUGUGCACAGGGGCAGGGCUCAGCCCAACUGAGGCAGCAUCAGAGCUGACCCCAGCCCUCAGAGAUCAGCCUCGUAGGUGAAAACAAUGCCACGUGCACUUGCUAACAAGCAAUUGAGGGCCACCUGCUCUGCUGCAGAACAGCUGCUGCCAAUGAGUACCCCAGGUGGGCCAGAGGAGUGGGGUUGGGCCUAUCAGUUAGGCGGGGAGGAACAGAUGGUCAGUGGGUGAGGCUGGGCCCUUGACUUAACUCAAGUAACAACACCUGAAUGCCCAGCUUUGGUUUCUCAACAAGGAACCAAUCCAACUAAUAAACCUCAGGGCAGUGUACAGACCCUGGGGUUAAAGAAAGGUGGUGGCUAGGCCUAGGUGGAAGAAGGAAAAGGCCCGUAACCCAGCC